GCGCGGCCGGGCAGGAGUCGGGCUGGCGAUGGAGUUACUGCGGACUAUCGCUCACCAGCCGGGCGGCAGCACCGGCGGCCCCAAGGGGGGCGAGCCGGCGCUGGGCAGAGCCUGCGGCGGGGAAGCCCGGCGCAAGAAGCCGCUGGAGGAGCAGCCGCAGCAUCACCACUCGCAGGCUGCCCCCGAGGUCUCCCGGAUUAUCACCGACCCCGGCACGGGCAAGCGCUACUGCCGCGGCAAGGUGCUCGGCAAGGGUGGAUUUGCCAAAUGUUAUGAGAUGACAGAUUUGACAACGAACAAAGUCUAUGCUGCAAAAAUCAUUCCUCACAGCAGAGUAGCUAAACCUCAUCAAAGGGAAAAGAUUGAUAAAGAGAUUGAGCUGCACAGAAUGCUUAAUCACAGGCAUGUUGUACAGUUUUACCGCUACUUUGAGGACAAAGAGAAUAUUUACAUUCUUCUGGAGUACUGCAGUAGAAGGUCUAUGGCUCACAUCUUGAAAGCAAGGAAGGUAUUGACGGAACCAGAAGUGCGAUACUACCUCAGGCAGAUAGUGUCCGGGCUAAAAUAUCUUCAUGAACAGGAAAUCUUGCACAGAGAUCUUAAACUAGGUAAUUUCUUCAUUAAUGAGGCCAUGGAACUAAAAGUAGGCGACUUUGGUUUGGCAGCAAGGUUGGAACCACUGGAACACAGAAGGAGAACAAUCUGUGGCACACCAAAUUACCUCUCUCCAGAAGUUCUCAACAAACAAGGACAUGGAUGUGAAUCUGACAUAUGGGCCCUAGGUUGUGUAAUGUACACAAUGCUGUUAGGAAGACCGCCAUUUGAGACUACAAACCUUAAAGAAACCUACAGAUGCAUAAGGGAAGCAAGAUACACUCUACCAUCAUCUCUAUUGGCACCUGCAAAGCACUUAAUAGCUAGUAUGUUGUCAAAAAAUCCCGAGGACCGGCCCAGUUUAGAUGAUAUAAUUCGACAUGACUUUUUCAUACAGGGCUUUACACCAGAUCGACUGUCUUCUAGCUGUUGUCACACUGUUCCUGACUUCCACUUGUCAAGUCCAGCUAAGAAUUUCUUCAAAAAGGCAGCUGCUGCUCUAUUUGGUGGUAAAAAGGAAAAAGCAAGAUACUUUGAUACACAUAAUAAACUAACUAAAGAGGAUGAAGAAAUCUACAAACUUAGACAUGAUUUGAAAAAGACAUCGAUUACCCAACAGCCCGACAGACACAGAACGGAUAAGGAGACCCAGCCUCCUAACAUUACAGCAGCCAAACCUGGAACUCCAGCAGAGACCAAACAGAUUGGGGAUGCCAUUCGAAUGAUAGUUAGAGGAACUCUAGGAAGCUGCAGCAGUAGCAGUGAAUGUUUGGAAGACAGUACCAUGGGAAGUGUUGCUGAUACAGUUGCAAGGGUACUGCGAGGAUGUCUUGAGAACAUGCCAGAAGCAGAUAGUAUUCCCAAAGAACAGCUAACAGCAUCUUUCCAGUGGGUUACAAAAUGGGUUGACUACUCGAACAAAUACGGCUUUGGUUACCAGCUGUCAGACCACACUGUGGGUGUUCUUUUCAACAAUGGAGCACACAUGAGCCUCCUACCAGACAAAAAAACAGUCCACUACUAUGCUGAGUUAGGCCAGUGCUCGGUCUUUCCAGCUACAGAUGCUCCUGAACAAUUCAUCAGCCAAGUAACUGUUUUAAAAUACUUCUCUCACUACAUGGAGGAGAAUCUCAUGGAUGGAGGGGAUCUACCCAGUGUAACUGAUGUUCGCAGACCCAGGCUUUACCUCUUACAGUGGCUAAAAUCUGACAAAGCAUUAAUGAUGCUCUUCAAUGAUGGCACACUUCAGGUGAACUUUUAUCAUGAUCACACAAAAAUAAUCAUUUGCAAUCAAAGUGAGGAGUAUCUCCUUACCUACAUCAAUGAAGAUAGGAUAUCAACAACAUUUCGACUGACAACACUUCUGAUUUCUGGAUGUUCAUUGGAACUAAAACACAGAAUGGAAUAUGCACUGAACAUGUUGCUGCAAAGAUGUAACUAAAAGAUGGACUCUUCUUAAACCAAAAGGACUCUUUACACUGUGAAAUCGACAGUGGAGGCAGUGGAGCGACUAGUAUGUUGAUGAUGGAUGAGUGGUGGUACGAAAACUAUACUCGUAGUGUGCUGGGCUGGGACCAGACAGACCUAAUCCUACUUUGUUGGACUAAUGAAACAGUGUGACAAGGAGCUCUUUGGAAUAUAGCUUUCUUGUUUCGCACAUGUUUAAAGGCUUGACUGAAGUUCAGCAGAGUGACUUCUAGUUCUGUAGGGAGCAGUUCUAAUGGAGGACUUAAAACUGUGAAUAUGCAUCUGGAAAGGGAGGGAAGGGGAGAGCUCCAUGUUGUGAAAUAGCUGUAAUGAGCAGGUUUUGGCUGCUUAAAACUGUGAACGAUGGCCAUAACUUUUUCCUUAUUUUUCAAGAACUAGCCACUUGUGGCUGGCAAAGUGCAUUCCUUAUUAAUAAUUUUUUAUUUAUUACAGCCCAAAGUCAAGUAUUUAUUACACAGCCUUUUUUUGGACCUUGAUAUUUUAAAUAUACAUUUGUUGGCAAUAAAGAGAAUGGAAAAACUGAACACUCUCCACCCAUUUCUUUAAUAUGCAGAACAGAGGAUCUUAAAUAGCAUCAAUAAAACAAGCUUGUUGGAUAGUUUUAGGAAAGCAAUCUCUGAAAAAUGAUACUCACUCGAGCCUUAAUUGGCACAAAAGCUUAAAACUACAAACCCAUAACAGUGAGCAUGAAAUGGGCAAGCUGUUCAUCCAAAUAGAGAAAAUGAUCAUAUGCUUCAAUAUUCUGUCAAAACGUAAAUUUUAUUGCCACUCUUCGGGAGAAGUCUGAUACAAUUGGAAGUUGGGAGUUGCAAAAUUGUGCAGAUCUUAGCUCUAUUUCUACGCUAGUAGUAUAACUAAAAACAAGAGUGAGAUAGGCCUUCAAGAGGCAUCAUGCCAGGAAUUUAAAUGAAUUCUUGCCAUUAAUUAGAACAAGCCUUCCUCUGAAGGGUACUCAGUGGAAUUAUACAUUGCUGUUAAAGUCAGAGUUCAUUGUGUGUAGAAGUCCUAUCUUUCACAGUGGAUGAAAACUCUUGGUAUUGGGGGAGGGAGGAUUGAGUUAGUCCAUGAAAACUCAAACACUAGAAUCUCUGGUCUGUUUGUAUCACUUAGCUUUUCAGACAUGACUAGGCAUGUUUCUCUUCCAUCAUGCUUGAGUGACUAUUUUCUGACUAGUUAAAAUAAAACCUGAGUAAGUGUCUCUACAAAGAUGUAGGGAGGAAGAAGCUACUCUAGCAUAAAUUUAGUACCCAAUUUCUGGCUGAACUUGUCGAGAUUAACAAUGCAGCUAAUUUAACAUUUUUAACCAAAACAAAUUUUAUACAUGUCAAAUGUGCAGUAUUGGAAUUUGGUGUCUUAGGUGUCCCUGGAUAUGUAGUACUGACUACUUCUUAUCUUGGUUAAAUGUACAGAACCUCUAAGUGAUCCAGAAUGGCUGGGGGAAAACUCUUGCCAUAGAAAACUGUACACAGAUGGUUUACACAGCAAACAGUAAUACAGUCCUUACUCAAAAUAAUCCCCAUGUAACAGUGAUAUCUAUGUGGAAAGAUAAUUGUAAGAACACUUCUGUCCUCUGUGUCAACCAAUCCAAUUAACUACAGGAAGCGGAAAGUCUUUUAAAACAAAAUGCAGACAGAACAAAUAAGUGCACUUAAAAUUAGUGAAUGGGGGUGGGAUUAGAUUUUACUUUA